UUCAAGUCGUCAACCUCUCAACUCCUGCAGUCAUGUAUUUCCUGCCAGUGACGGUGGUGUUGUCCGUGAUGGCUGCUGUUCAUGGUGGACUAAUUGGGGGUCUCGGUGGCUAUGGUGGACACGGUGGAUAUGGCGGUCUAGGUGGUCUUGGCGGUCUAGGUGGUCUUGGCGGAAUUGGAGGACUUGGAGGUCUUGGCGGACUUGGUGGCAUUGGCGGCCUUGGAGGAUAUGGAGGCUAUGGCGGCUCUAACGGAUUUGGUGGCUUUGGCGGCCAUGGUGGAGGAUUUAAUGGAGGAUACAGCAGCCAAGGAGGACACACGUUUGUGCUGAGCAAGAGUCACGGGAGUCAUGGAGCGUUUGGCCAGGGUGGACAACACGGAUUUGGCAAAGGUGGUGGAUUCAACGAAUUUGGCAAAGGUGGUGGAUUCGGCGGCGUUGGUGGUUUGGGCUACGGGAAGUAGUACGUCUGGCCUCAUUAUGUUCUGACCAGGUCCGGCACCGUCCCCCUCAGCCCUCUUAACGACUAAUACUGGAAUAAACUAACUAAACACUAACUCUUCCUUUUUAUUGUCAUUUUUUUGUAAUUA